CAUCGUUCCUUGGGGUCGCUGCAACGGUUAACAGCCUCAAAGCUGUACCGCAAUUUGCUUUUGCAGUCAUCGUAAGCAUUCAACUUCGCAUCCUACAAAUCUUGGUUCCUUGAUCCCCAAUUCUAUUAUGCCGAGUUAGACGAUGAGUCAAUGCUCUUCUCAACCUCUCGCUCGGCUGGCUUUUCUAACCUAAUUGUCCAUACCCAUCGCCCUAUGUCGAAUGUUUGCUUACGCUAAAGGAGACGCUUAUGGCUUGACUCCAUAGUAUGAAGACUAGCGCACUCGGCUUCGGCUGCGACUGUAUUGCGCAUAUAGCCCCCAUGGGACUUGGCAGCUCUGAAAUUCACGUUCACGUUCACGCUUCUGCUUUCGCUACCCUGUCCGACCCUCUUCCUUUCCUCCAUCUGAUUGACGAGAAGUCCUUCGACGUCGUCUUUAGCCCUUACUUUUUCAUUGCGAAACUCACUCGGGACUCAGACAAGAGGUCUGAUCUCAUUGGGGCAUUUGGCCUCUCUUCCAUCAAGCAUACCAACAACGGAGUGGAGGCUUCCAUUUCGAAGACUGCUUAGACGUUUCUCGCCGUGCUUAAGAACCUCGCAAAGACCCACUCAAGGUUUCGUCCGUCUUUUCACCUGGAUUUGGUAUGUCUUAGAUUUGUGUUGAAUGUAUCUAUGAUCUGGUGAACACCAGGCGCUGCAGCUUCGGCUCCCUUGUGCGUUGGACUGGCGGCAACUGGCAAUGAGCCUGCCUCUG